UGAGAGCAUCGUCCCGCCCUGCAGAGGCGAUGGCCGCGCGGAACGCGGCGGGGGCUGGACCGGGCUCCCUCGCAGAUGUUACAGCGCAUAUCCUGACCUGCUAGGCAGAGGAGGGUGCCGGCGCCAGGCACCCCGAGGUGAGCAGCCCUGCGAGAACGCUAAGGGCCCUGCCUUUUAAGGUCUCCACAAGACUAAGCCACGUUUCAAGGCUUGAUUCAAGUAUCGCUUGACCCUAGGGAAGCAGGGAAGUACCUCCUCUCCUCUGUUUAACUCUAUGCCUGCACUUCUCACAUCAUAAUUAAACUACUUUAAAAUCUUGUUCCUCUUCCUUCUAUCAUCUUACUCUCAAUUAUAAAUUAUGGAGGAUAAAGAUAAAACAAUUAAAUGUGAAGAUUCAGAACCAUCCGCAGAGUGGAAUCAUGCCUCUACAUAUCAGGAAACACAGGAGGAAACAGUUAUGAACCCCAAAGGUACAGAUGAAAAUGAACCAACAGAAGGAAGUAACCUACUGAAUAACAAUGGAAAAAAGCUACAAGAAACACCAACUGAAUCAAAUAUUUGGCAAAAACUAAGACAAAUUUUUGCUUGUCCUCCACAUGGUUUGCUGGAUAGAUUAAUAACAAAUGUUGUCAUCGUUGUUCUUCUAUGGGCUGUAGUUUGGUCAAUUACUGGGAGUGAAUGUCUUCCUGGAGGAAAUCUGUUUGGAAUUAUAGUCCUAUUCUACUGUGCCGUCAUUGGAGGUAAACUUUUGGGGCUCAUUAAGCUACCUACAUUACCUCCGCUGCCUCCUCUUCUCGGCAUGCUGCUUGCUGGGUUUCUCAUAAGAAACAUCCCUGUCAUCAAUGAUAACAUACAGAUCAAGCACAAGUGGUCUUCCGCGUUAAGAAGCAUAGCCUUGUCUAUCAUAUUGGUUCGUGCUGGCCUUGGGCUUGAUUCAAAGGCUCUGAAGAAGUUGAAGGGUGUUUGUGUAAGGUUAUCCAUGGGUCCUUGUCUUGUGGAGGCGUGCACAUCUGCUCUUCUUGCCCACUUCCUAAUGGGUUUACCAUGGCAAUGGGGAUUUAUACUGGGCUUUGUUCUAGGUGCUGUAUCUCCAGCUGUCGUGGUGCCUUCGAUGCUGCUUCUGCAGGGCGGAGGCUAUGGUGUUGAAAAAGGUGUCCCAACCUUACUUAUGGCUGCAGGCAGCUUCGAUGACAUUCUGGCCAUCACUGGCUUCAACACAUGCUUGGGUGUGGCCUUCUCCACAGGCUCCACAGUUUUUAAUGUCCUCAGAGGAGUUUUGGAGGUGGUAAUUGGUGUGGCAACUGGAUCUCUUCUUGGAUUUUUUGUUCAGUACUUCCCAAGCAGUGACCAAGAUGGACGUGCGUGGAAGAGAGCAUUCCUCAUUCUGGGGCUGUCCGUGCUAGCCGUUUUCAGCAGCGUGCACUUUGGUUUCCCUGGGUCAGGAGGGCUGUGCACGCUGGUCAUGGCCUUCCUUGCAGGCUUAGGAUGGACCAGCAGAAAGGCAGAGGUUGAAAAAAUUGUUGCAGUUGCCUGGGACAUCUUUCAGCCCCUUCUCUUUGGACUGAUAGGAGCAGAGGUAUCUAUUGCAUCUCUCAGACCUGAAACUGUAGGCCUUUGUAUUGCCACCCUGAGCACUGCAGUAUUGAUACGAAUUUUGACUACAUUUCUGAUGGUGUGUUUUGCUGGUUUUAACAUGAAGGAAAAGAUAUUUAUUUCUUUUGCAUGGCUUCCAAAGGCUACAGUCCAGGCUGCAAUAGGCUCUGUGGCUUUGGACACAGCAAGAUCGCAUGGAGAGAAACAGUUAGAGGAAUAUGGAAUGGAUGUGCUGACAGUGGCAUUUUUGGCCAUCCUCAUCACAGCCCCAGUUGGAAGUCUCCUCAUCGGUUUAUUGGGCCCCAGGCUUCUCCAGAAAGCUGAAUACCAAAAUAAAGAAGUUCAAGAAGAGGCUUCUAUACAAGUUUAAAGGUGAAAAGAGAGAAUGCUGAACAUAAUGAUUAGAAAACUAUUACCAGAGGCUGUAUUUAUCAGGAGGGAUAUUGAAACAUGGGAUGUUUAAACUUAAAAAUGUAAUAGGAUCAAGUGUGGCUAUUUCCUUAAACAGCAUUUUAAGUGAUUACCCUUCCCAUGUGGGUGGUAAUAUUCUACAUCUCCAAACCUGAUUUCUACCUUCUUUUUUUUCCAAACACCAUCUCAUGUCUUAAUUUGCAUAGGGACAUACAAUGUGCUACUACAAUUUAAAAUUCACUUGGGAAAGGCCAGGUUCAGUAUCCUGUUCUGCUAGGCAACAGCUUGCCCAAACUUACUGUUACUGCUAGUUUCAUGAUUCAUGGUCACCUAGCCUCUCAGGCCUUGAAUUGUGUUUGGUUCCUCUUUUCUUCUUUAUUUUUAAAUACCAUAAUGCAGUCCCUAUCAGUCUCUACCCUCACUCUCCCUUCUAAUCUUCGUCUUCUACUUUUCUACCUCUCUUACUAUCUUUCUGUGAAUUAUUGCAGCUUGAUUGGUCCCACCAAAAAUUUAAAAGCACACAAAGGAUCUUCACUGGUUCUUUCUUGCACGUAUCUCAAUGUCAAAAGAGCUUGUGCUGUAUCCUCGCUAGCAACAGAGUGCCCCAUUUCAGCAGCCCAUCUGCAUUUGCUUUCCCCUAAGGAGUACCCGAAACCAGCCCUUUCUUGUUCCUUGUGAUCCACAUCUUUGGCCUCUUCCUGUUUUCUAGGUGAGAGAUAGCUAAUUUUCAAGUCUAUGCUAACGUUAUGGAUAUCAUAUUAAUCAGAGUAAGGGAAGCUGCUAUAAUGAUGAAAUUAAAAAUAGAGUACUUAAAAGGAAAUAGAAGUUUAUUUCCCUCUCACAUAACUUGAUACUGACAGGGUUGCUCUCUGCUCAUGAGGUUUACUCUGAGACCCAUGUAUUUCUGUCUUGAGGCUCUGACAUGCCCUAGCUUAUGACAUAGGUUGAAGAUGGAGGUCUCCCAUGUCUCUAGCUCUCAGAAUGAAUGGAAAAUAAAGUCCAAGGGAAGCAAUUUAUUUUUAAGAAAGUGAUGUGGAAGUUGACUACAUCUCUCCUCUUACAUUCUAUUGGUGACAACCAUCCCCAUUUCUGAGGAGGCCAGAAAGUGUUGUCUUUUGCUAGGCAUUCACAUUCCUAGGAGGAAGGAGAGAUCAGACUUGGGAGCCGGAGGUGCCAUUGUGUUGGGUGCUCAUAUGGCUUACUAGCAUAUUCCUACAUGUUAACAAGGCUUUCUAAAGAUAGUACCUUAAAGCAAAAGAGUGACUUCUGUGGCAGCAAUUUCAAGCAUUGUGAUAUGCAGCAGAAAACAUACUGGUAUAUUGGUAGAAAGGUUUAUAUGUGUAAUCACAUUUUAUUCCACUUAUUCAACAGAACCUCUCAGCUUUUGUGUAUCACCAUAAAUUCCUCUUUAAGUCAACUCCUGCCUAGUUGCUAGAAUAAUCAUCUUCAAAUGAAGUUUACAGAUUUAUCUGCUUAUAUAUAUACCUGAAGCAUUUACUACUUGCCAUGUUCCAUCUAAACUCUUUAACCUAUAAUUCAAAGUUCAAUACUUUCAUGCAGUAGAUAUUAAAUAUGUAUUAAAUGAAUAGAUUAUAAAUAUUCUAAUCCCACCAAGCAGGUCUGCAUAAAGCCUGUCCACUCUUCUCUCAUCCUUAGACUACCAGUCAGCCCUUCACCUUGACCUCCACGUCUGUUCAAAACUAGCUUUUUAUUACAUUAACAUAAUAAAUAUGUUAUAAUAUUUGUAUUAUAACUAUAAAUUAUACACUAAAUUUAUAUGAAGCUGUAAUAGGUUUCAGUUUUUAUGUCAGCUUGACUCCAAUUACUCUAUGGUACUGUGCUCCCAUUUUAUUUGUAUUCUCAGUUUGGACUGGAUUAAUUUAUACCAGAGUUCUGAUAGAUAUUUCAAACUGAACUUCAUUGGUUAGAUGCACCUUUGCAGUGGCAAAAUGACUUAAUGCUCAUCUGGUCCUCUAUUCUAGUAGUCUCUGAAACUAAAUUCCUUCAACAAAUAACUUACUGAAAGCCAUCAAUGAUCCAGACAUAUCACCAAGACAAUUAUUAUUCCUGUCCUUAAGGAUCUGACAGUCUGAUGGAAAAGAUAGACAAUUAAACAAGAGAUUUCAAAACAGUGUGUGGAUAAAAUUGUAGUAUUUCCAGAAUAUCUCACCUGGCUUUAGUGCAUCUGCAUAUCAACAGGCAUUCUUCAGGGGUGGAGAAAAGUAUGGCUUUUAGUAUAUCUGCAUAUCAAUAGGCAUUCCUCAGGGGUGGAGAGAAAUUCAUCUCCAUAUCAAUGGGUAAUUACCUGGGCAACAGAAGGCUUAUCUGAACCUGAGAGGUGAGGGGAUGGCUGGUUUUGCUUCUGCCAGAGCAGGAAAGAGAAAUGGCCCUGGACUGCAGUUUGUAAGCAAUAAACAGAUUUUAAACUUUAUUUCUCUCUUUGACUGAUUUCAGUUUUAGAUAUUUUGCCCCAGGAUUUCCUCUCCCUGGAGUUACACAGUGUGGUAAGUGCCAAGAUGUAGGAAGUCAGGGGUGCUCGGGAGCUCGUAAGAGGAGCACCCAGGUAAUCUAGAAGGUGUUGCAGUUCAGGCACAACUUCCAGAGAAAGCAGGCCUCCACUAGCACAUGAGGGAUGACCAGAACUUAGACAGCAAAAGGCAUCUGAGGCAGAAGGGUGCUGCAGUUAGUGCUGGUUCCCAUGUUCACCAUUAGUUUUUCUCUAAGUAACAGGCUUUGAAUAGUUACUAACUUAAACAAAAUAUAGUUAGCAUAAGUAAAUGAGAAUGUUGUUAUAAAUAUGAAGGCCUCAAAGAGGCAUUAGAAAUGGAAAUUCACAGAGUGUAUGUAGAAGUUGAAGAGCUUAUUAAUCACUGCCAAUAGCCUAUUCUAUUUUUUACAGCGUGCAGCAACUUCUUUCUUACCUCUCCUUGGUGGGCAGCUACCAACCAAAUCUCUGAGACUCUCUGUCCAAUAUUGGGCCCUGCAGUACUCACCAGCUUAAUCACCACUUUGUAAGUCACAGCUCUUGGCUUGGUUGGUGAACUCAGAAUAAACUAGAUACAGAGUGUUGACUCAGGCCAACCAAACUUACCCCACCCCAACCACAGAUAGAAACAAUUACUCUAACCUCCGAGUCUCUGAAAGGGAAUGUAUGUUCCCUAUAUAUACUUCUGUCACAGCACUUACAACUCUUUUUUCAGUUUGUUUACAUGUUUGCCUCCUAUUAAACAGCUUCUUAGGGGUUGGGAGCCUUCUCUUGGUCAUCUUUGAAUCUCAGCUCUUUGUACAGAGUAUGGAAUACAGUGGGUGUUCAAUAAAUGUUUACUGAUGCAUCAAUCAUUGAAUCAAUGAAUCAAUCCUCUUGCAGUAUAGAAAACUACCUGCCACAUAACAGUUCAGUUCCUAGUUACCAUAGUCUGCUCAGGCUGCUAUAACAAUGUAAUAUAACAUAGACUGGGUGUUUUAAACAAUAGACAUUUAUUUUCUCACAGUUCUGAAGGCUGGAAACCCAACAUGAGGGUACCAGCAUAAUAGGGCUAGCUUACUGAUGGCCUCCUUCUCACUGUGUCCUCACAUAGGUGGGAAAGAGAUGGGAAUGGAAGAGAAUGUGUAAGCUUUCUGCUAUCACUUAUAAGAAGGGCACUAAUCCCAUCUUGAGGGCCACACCCUCAUGACUUCAUGUAAACCUAAUUACCUCUCAAAGGCUCUAUCUCCAAAUACCAUCACAUUGGGGGUGAGGGCUUCAACACAUCAACUGGGGGUGGGGUACAAUUCAUUCCACAUACUUCCAAAGUCACUACUAACAAACAUUGUAAGUUCUUGUUCUUCACUUCUCUUUUUAUUCCUGCAGGGUCAUUACAAUCCAUCUCCCCUCUGGGAAGUAUUUUUCUUAGGCAGACUGAUUAGGUUUUAGCUUUUUAUUUCAUAUUCCAGUGUUUUUCCCCCCCUUUGGUAUUAAUUCCAAAUGACCUUGAUUGUAUCAGACAGAAAGACAGAUAUGAGCAGGAUGAAAAGAGGGUGAGGCCCACCAAGAACUCAGGGAGUUUAUCAGAUUAAGUCAAGAGAGCCAAAAGGGACUCGUGCCCUUUGCAAUGUGAGUUCAUUCCACCAUGCUCUGAAUCUGGGCUGACCUUGAGACUUGCCCUAGCUAAUGGAAGUGAGAGAGGGCAGAGACAUGAGACAAGAAUCAUAAUUAUUUUCCUAAAAAUUGCCAAGAUUAGGACAAUAAGAACAAGAGCGGCUUAUCUUAAGACUAAGAUUCCACUUAUAAAAAAAAUGUGAAUUGGGAAGUUAGACUAACAUUCUUUGGUAAUCAGCCAAUGGCUUAUCUUAAGGCAAGGCAGGCAGUCUUAACUGAUCUGUUCCCAAUACUUGGGAGUGGCCACUAUCUUAGAGAAGAACAAAAGGUUUGUUCUAUAGAAUUAGCUACAGGACUGGCUAUAGACAAUGAUAUAUUGUCUCUCACCAGAGAUAAACAUCAUGAGACCGCCUAACAAGCCUAUGCCCCCCAACCCUUUACCUUUAUCCCAUUCUUGAAACUCCUUAAAGACAGAAUCCCAGCUUCUGGGCAUGCCUCUUCCUCUAUUAUGUUGCCUGCACUCCCCUUUGUUGGAGUGUGUAUUUUUAAAAGACUUCUUACUGCUCAACUUACUACAUUUUGUCUCUGUGGUCUUCCAGUGGUGUCUUUGUCACUUCACUAUUCCAUUCUAUUUUUCAGACUUUAAGCGUAAGUCUUCACUCUGUCCUACUCCAGAUAAGCAGGGAGGGGCUCCUGAGAGCUCUGAUACGGGCUUACUAGUUCCCAUGCCCUGGGUGACCUGGACAGAACUGUGGUAUACAAUCAUAAUCCUUAGUAGCCUGCCUGAAAAUCUCCUCUCUUUGCCUUAAGGAAGUUCUCAGAACAUAAUCUCACUCCAUCCAGUGCUCUGUGGCUCCCCGAUCCUGGGGUGGUAGGGACUUACUUCCCAUGGCAUGCACAUUCAAGCAGACAAUGGACACCAGAUGACACUGGCUUUAGGAGUUGGCAGGGGAUGUGCCCUAUCCUGAGCAGCAGUUUAGUGAACUUCCCUUUCCUCCCUCUAUUUUUCCUUCCUCUAGGCUUCAUUUGAAGUAAACCUGCCUUUAUCUGCCUUGACUCUAUCCCGUUUCUCCCUUAGAGUAUAUUCAAAUAAAACUUUCAUUCUGCAUCACUACUGUAUCUCUACCCUUCAGUUCUUUGUUGUGGCAGGAACAAGAACUGAGUAGAUCAAACUCAUCACUCCAACAAUUAAACUUGGCUGUCCUCAAUAUCUCCCGAGCCGUACAUUUACAAAUGACCUUAUCCAUUAUAUUCUUUAAAAAUAGCACUGACUUUUUUUUCUGAUUACAAAAUAAUACGUUUUCACUGCAGAACGUUUAGAACACAGAAAAUAAAGGACGAAAACUAUAAGUACUCAAUGUAAACAGUCAUUUUAUUUUGAUUCUUUUAAAUUUUACUCAGAGUUCUGGAGAUGACUUAUUUUCAGAAAGUGUGUCACUCACUGAAUUAGUUGGGUCAGAGGCAACAUAAAUUUAUUUGACUUCUGUAAAGAAUAAAUAUAUUGAAGUUUUGUUGUAUAUAAUGAAUGCUAAGCCUUACAAAGAAAUCAUAUAUUCACCUGGUAAUAUUCAAACAUUCAUUUUGUAAUAAACAGAUAAAUCCUUGU